GUUGUGCCUGCGUGGGCCUUACGUAAACACACCCCAAAAAACAACAUCAGCCGGUGCAAAACGAGGUGCUCGCGACCAGUUCACAAUGUCGGUGGUGGGUUUUGUAUCCCGAUUUGUAACGUGUGGCCAGAAUUUGGCCGGCUAUCGGCUCCAGCAAGUACGCAACAAAUGGGCCGACUGGCGUAUGAUCAAGGACCACAAACGUCGCCAGUGCGUGGUGCAGCAUGCCGACGCCCGGCUGCGCGUUAACUCACUCCGGAAGAACACGAUCCUGCCGGUGGAACUGCGGGAAAUUGCCAGCAAAGAGAUUGAGGCGUUUCCGCGCGACUCCUCGCUGGUGCGGGUACGCGAACGGUGCGCAGUAACGUCUCGCUCACGCGGUAUCGUGCACCGGUGGCGCGUUAGCCGUAUCGUGUGGCGUCAUCUGGCCGACUACAACAAACUGUCCGGCGUUCAGCGAGCCAUGUGGUAGCUGCUGCCUAUUGUAUGGAAGCAUUGGGCGGUGUUAGCAAUAAUGAUACGCAGCGGAAGAGCGAAACAGGCGAGAGGAAAUGUAGCAAUUACAAGAGUUUUGCCAGAUCUGAGAGGAUCUGGGAGUUCACACAACAAUAUAGUUUAUGUUUGAAACAGAAAUCCUCUCGAUAUGGUA